UGUCAGCAGCAGCUCAUGGGGCCCUCGUGUACAGAGGACCCGCCUCGUGUUUAACCUCGUCUUUUCCGAACAAACCCGAGGGUGUUUCCAUACUGUCCGUGGAAAGAUCGGCUUUAUCUGAGCCGCUUAUCAGUCGCUCCCGCUGUUGGCACUGCCCCCCGGGGUGGGUGUGCGCUGUCGACGCUGUUACUGUCUCUUUAAAUUUACCCAGGAGCCCCUUAAGGAGCCCCAGGGGCCCCUAGUACGGCUCCCCACCCUGAAGACAAGCAAGAGCCUUAAAAUACAUUAGGAGGCCUGCUAAACGCUGGCACACAGUGCGGAGUGACGCGGCGCGCUUUCUAUUGCACACUGUGGUUGUGUGAAAAGUUAAGUUGGCUCCUCGGCGCUAGUGUGUGGGGACAUCGUGGUGGAGCGCCUGUUCACAGCAGAUGCGUGUCGAGCGACAUGUUUCAGUGGUAAUGACAUGUCCCGCUCCGGCGGUAUGCUACGGUAGAGCACUGAGGGACCCAAGCGCUGUGAGAGCCGCAGCCUGGCAGUAAUGGAAGAGGCAGACACGGGCGGAACAGAGCCCGUAGAUCUCCGCUGUGCCGAGCAGGCUGAGCUACUCUCAUUAAUAAUAAGCGGAGACGAGGAAGCGACGCGAGAGGACAGUGACUUGGAAGAUGGAGCCUGCCUUGCUAAUGGCCACGCUGACAAGAACUCAGAGACUGCCACAGCCACAGCAGUUAAAUCUCCGGGCACAAGUUACUGGAGCAUCACAGAGGGUCCAGAUCACCCACUCCUCCUCACCAUUUCCCCUGGUAAAGCCAGGGCACCAAGAGGCUCCAGACAGACUAUUAGCCGUAUCCCAGGUCGGGACCACCGGCGCUACUAUCAUGAGUACUGGCGUAGUGAGUACCUGAUGGACUUUGACUCCCAGAGGCAGAGCAUGGUCUGUAUGGUCUGUGGCAGCUUUCUUGCCACACUGAAGCUCAGUACUAUCAAGAGGCACAUCCGACAGAAGCACCCCGACUCCCUGCUGUGGAGCGCUGCUGACAAAGACGUGAUCCGCUCAGGCUGGGACAGCCACCUGAAUAUUUCCGGGGGUCAGGCCUUCAGCUCUGCAGAGACCACAGCUACAGAGGGAGAGCUGCUUCUGUCCAGUCAGCCUGCUGCUGCUGUGUUGGAUGGUGGGACACCACAGGACUGCUCCCAGGACUUGUCCUUACAGUGUUCCGGCCAGUCACCCAGUCCUGAGGAUGAGGCCCAGCCCCAGCCUAAACAGGAGCAGGACACAGCCGACCCGCUAGCCCAGACUCUGGAGCAGUACUUGAAUGACUCCCUGCAUGCCUGGUUCAGACAGGAGUUCCUCAUGAAGUACGAUGGUGAGGCAGGCCGGCUGCAGUGCAUGGUGUGUGGGGUCGAGCUGCCCUCGCUUCACCUGGAGCACAUAAAGAGACACGUGUUGGACACACACCCCAGCUCUCUAGUCUACAGCUCUGAGGAAAAGCACUGCAUCCUGCAGGCCUGGGCGCAAACGCACGAAGAAUUAGAAAACCCAAACAUAUCAGAAACAACCACCAAAGAAUCUACCGAGGACCUUUUUGCUCAGGAUGAGAAGCCCCUCUCGGUCAAGUCCAAUUUGCACCAGCAGGAAGAUGGCAGCUCAGCUCAGGGCACUUGUCUUAUAGGAGAGGAUGGGGCAGUCGGAGCGCCGCAAAUAACUCCUCCACCUCAAGCUCCAACCAAACGUGGACGUAAGCCCAGAAAGGCUCGAUUACGUGGGGGUAACCCGUGGCGACUGCGACUGGACUAUCUGGUGGCGUAUGGGCCUCAGGGUAAGGGCACGUACUGUAUGGUGUGCUCGGAGAUUCUGCACGAGACCAAGGUGAGCAGUUUCCGACGCCACAUCCAGGAAGCUCACCCCGAGACCACCACCCUGAGCAGGGAGGAGCGGGAGGCCAUGGCUGCAGCCUGGACUAAAGACUACUCUACAGACGGGCAGGAGGGGGAGGAGGCGGAAAUUAUUCAGGGCACCACUGAUGUCCUGGAUCCAGAUGGGACGAAAGAGGACAGCUCCCCUGACGCUCCCACAGUUGGUAAGCGCUUGAAAAAGGAGGUGGAUGACGUACACGGGGGGUCGGGCAAAGGGGUGCCCCCCCGACAGACCCACUACCCAGGGAAGGACCAGCGGCGCAACUACCAAAGCCGCUGGAGGGACGACUAUCUCAUGGACUACGACUGUCGCAGGCACGGCCUCAUCUGCAUGGUGUGUGGAGCCACUCUGGCCACACUCAAGGUCAGCACCAUUAAAAGACACAUCCAGCAGGUGCACCCUCACUCUCUGCUCUACAGCCCCGAGGAGCAGCAGCGGGCCCUGGACACCUACAGCCAGAGUGCCCUGCACUUCAGGAACACUGAGGACUACAUCUCCCUGGACCACGUGUACAGUGACCCACAAAGCUUUGGCACUUAAAGGGCUCCAAAACCCUCACAUCAGGAGCACAGAAAUGCACUUAUUUCCCUCAUAGUGAUUCUAUUUUGUCAGUUGGGUUGUUAUGGUGGUGCUAGUGGAAACAGAAAAGCCAGACCAGCCUUUAAGUAAUUCAUUACUUAUUUACUAAGUAGACCAAUGUUUAGGGGACUUUUGAGUCUGUAUUUGACAAAGUAUAGACAGAUCGGAAACAGGGUAAAAAGACACGUGAAUGAACUGACCCAAAUUCAAAUCUGGGUUGCUCAGAUACGAAACAAGCUCUAAGGUGAACUACUGACAUGGUGAGGUUGCUUUUUUAUAACAGAUGGUUAUGUCUGCCUGUAAAAAAAAAAAAAAUCAGAUACAGUUGUUCUCAAUAUUCCAUUUUUAAAUUGGAACAAAGGUAAUACAAUCACCGCCUGCAACCAUAGUCUAUGCCUGCAACCCACUGUGAAAGAUAAUAUUCCUGCAAGAAAGAUGUCCAUAUUAUUCACCGGGGUUUAUGAACAUGAGAAGUAAAGAACCCAUUUAUAUUUGCGUUACUUCAACACCUUGAUAUGAGAGCAUUUUGACAGGAACAAUAAUCACGUACAGCAGUGAUGCACUAAGUUCAUUUUAGGGGAUUCUGAUCUUUGAGUUGAGUCUUCUUUGCGCUUCAUAGAAAUGUGAAAAGCCGCCACUGAUUACCCACAAUGCACCUGUGCGACGAUAGUUCUCAUUCACCGUUAGUCACAGGUUAAUGUGGCUAAGGCUUAUCUGCCAUUGAACAAGCCAAAGUGCGCUCAGAUCCAGAUGUUAGACCGUACUUCUACAGUUGUUUCACGCUCUUGAUUUGGUCACUAUGACAUGCAAAUAUAGAAGAUACGUUUCAUUUUUCUAUUUAUUCAAAGAUGUAAAAUGUUUUGUUUUUAGCUUUUGUUAUGUUAUUAAUAAUACAGGGCUGGUAUCUGAAUCGUUCCAGCUCCUGUGCUCUCAGGAACAUUUGAAAUUAUUUCUUUUCUAGAAUUAGCUAAAGACAACGCAGCACUUUGUCCCCCUAAAUCUAGUAAACCCUAGCUUUCCUUGUGACCUACAACUGAAUGAUGUUAUUGCUGAAGACAAUGAAUGGUCUUAAAAGGCCAGUGACACCUAUUUAAUAUUUGUUUACAUAUUUUUGGUUCUUUCCUCUUCACUUUUCUGGUCUCAACAGCCUGCACAGACCAGCUGUACAUAUAUUACUUUGUACAAGCACUUUUCUGCACAAAUUCUGUUUUUCUACUUCAAACAUUCAAAUAUUUCUUACACCCUUUUACGCCAGUAUGGGUACUUUUCUUUUUUUUUUUUUUUUCAUGCAUUGUACAAAGUUUAUGCAAAAACAACAAUAUGAGAAGCUAACUAACAAAAAAUCUAACUCAGGGAUGAACACACAAUGAAUUAAAAGCCAGAUUACGAAUUUACAGUUAUGACUUUAUUAUAUCGCUGAAUAAUAUGCAAAUUGGAACAUAGAUCUGGAAACAACCAAAACUGCAACAAUAAAAACACAGCACCUUAGUCUACAAUACGACAAGUGUUGUAUUGUAAAAUAAAAAAAAGGAAAAAAAAAAAUCAUGACAUUGUAAUUCCUUCUCUGUUAUACUCCUCUCAUGAACACAU